AUGAUCAGCGGGAUCUAUUUGUGUGUGUUUCUGGCUGUUCUGUCCUCGGGCUGCUUUGGUCGGCUCAGCAGUGGAACCGACGUUGGCCCCCCAAAUGGUGAGCUACAGCAAAGUGCACCCAUGCACCAGGGGAAGAUUCAACAAGCCCUCUUCACUGGCCAGGUGAAACCAGUUCCGAAUAGUGAGCAAAAAGCCAGCUUGGGAACCUUGCUCACUAGGUACCUCCAGAGAGUCAGGACUGGUUCUCUGGGAGCCCUGCAGAAACUGGACCUGCCCCACAGGAUAACUGAUAGGGAUUACAUGGGAUGGAUGGAUUUUGGUCGACGCAGUGCUGAAGAAUAUGAAUAUUCAGCAUAA